GUGCAUCCAAUCCCUCUUUCUAUUACUGUCAUAAAGACCUGCUUUCCUAUAAGAUUGCCGUAUAACAGACAACAGUACACGAUGAGUGAGUGCAUCCACUCCCUGUUCGAGGACCAGGCCAACCACUCCCUGGACGAGGUCCGCGAACGCCUGGUCGAGCUCGAGGACCGGGAGGCGAUGCUCAAGCUGCCCGCCAUCUUGUUUGUCGGGAUCGUCCUCCUGGCGGGACUGUUCGGCAACCUGCUCGUCUGCGUCGUGUACUACCUCAAGUUCCCGGCCAGUACGUCGAAAUACUUCAUCCUCAGUCUUGCCGUCUUCGACCUCCUCAACUGCACCAUCGCCAUCCCCGCCGAGAUGGUCGACCUGCGAUACGACUACCACUUCAACUCCCCGACCAUCUGUCGCAUAAUGCGGUUCACCAUCACCUUCAACACGUCGGCGUCUGCGGGGACGCUGCUGGCGAUCGCCGUCGACCGCUACCGGAAAAUCUGCCGACCUUUCGGGAAGCAGAUGUCGUUGAUGCAGAUAAAAUUCUGCAUAGUCUGUGCCGUGAUGGCUUCGUUGACUGUGUCGUGGCCCGCGACGCUGUUGUACGGGAGGAAUACCCGGAUGUACGAAGGCGUCGAGGUAUUCGACUGUUCCUUCGACGAUAGCGUGAAGGACACGUCUUACCCGCGUGUUUACAUCGUCGUCAUGACGAUACUGUGCAUAGCCUCCAUUGGAAUUCUUAUCGUAUUGUACGUACUGAUCGUCAUGAAAGUAUGGCGGCAGAAACAAAAGCGGAAGAAGAUCACGUCGUCCAACUGGAACAAAUCGUCGCCUUCUCCGUCAAUUGCGUCAUCGGCAAGGCGUCUGAACUGCACCAACAACGACGGCGCCAACGACCUCUCGGGGCUUCAGCUUGACGCAGACGUGACCAAUGACGUCAAGAGGAAACAGACUUCCGGCCAGAGCCAGUCGAUCAAAACGACUCUAAUGUUGCUUGUUGUGACUGCUGUUUUCGUGGUGAGCUUCAUUCCGUAUUUCACGCUGAUGAUCGUCAAGAGUGCUGUCGGUUAUUUCGAAGACGAUCUCCACUGUAACCACUCGGCGAUGGUGGCCUAUAAACUGUUUCUAAGAUCAUUCUUCAUCAACAGUGCCGCCAAUCCGUUAGUUUACAGUUUCUGGAACGACAAAUUUCGAGUCGAGUGUAAACUGUUUCUUACAAAUAUUUUCUGUCAUCCUUCUACAUGUUCUGGCAAUCUUAAGAAGGACGCAUUUGGCUUGGACACUCCCACCAGACUUAAAAAUAUAGAAAUAGUCAUUGAUGAAUAACGUUAGUGUUGCUAGGAAAGACAGGGCAGAGAGAUAACUGUGUUGGGGGAAGGUUGGGGGCCUGCAUACAGAUGUCACUGUUAUAGGCAAUGUAGAGGCGGCUGCAUGACUGUUUUCUAUGAGAGGGAGUGCAAAAUAACAAAAACACCGCAUCUCUAGUACACCAAAUCAAAAUUAGAAAUGCAUAAUAUAAAGGCAAUAUGUCUUCAGAGGAAGCCAAUAGACAAGAUAUUGUACCAUUCCUACUACAAAGUAACCAUUACAUUCGUGCUUUAAACAGUUUUUGGAGAACUCUGAAUUCUCCCUGCCAUAUGAAGGUCUUGAAACUAAUAAAUGGCACACACACUAUCUCUCCUCCCCCCCCCCUCCUGCUUUCUCUCUCUCACACACACAUGCACGCACACACACGUACCUCCACGGUGUUUCGGUCUGUUUUUGUUUGUUUCUUUGGACCACUCUCCAGGACGUUUUUGAAUCGUAAAUGGUCUUAGACCGUGGUCAGAUUUAUCCGUUGUUUUUCUAAUCCGCACGCUCUACCGCACAAGUUAUCCGUCAUCCGCCAUAUUGGAUUGCAUUGAAGACGGGUGUAAAUGUGUGGAUGAGAACAAUAUAAAAGAGACAAAGAAACAAAGUAAAAAAGAAACCCCUGAUAAAUCAGACCGCUGUCUUACAUCUAGUGAUGAAUACGUUGUUAAAUAUGUGCUUCUGUCAUACCAUCAUACAUGUGCCUUCACCAAUUGACUUUGAGCGACAGGCAGUGCUACUGACAUGGAAACGAAAAUGAUUGACCACAAACGAAAGAAAAGAAAUCGGAUAUAAAUACAAUUGUAUUCCGUUGGCUCGAAUCCCGUCGGUGCUCGAGAAAGUGUUCGACCCAUCGGGUAGUUCGGCCUAACCAAUUCGGUCAACCAAACGUGUAACUUGCAGUGCCGGAUUUAUAAGGGGCAAAGGGGGUAAUUGCCCCGGGCCCCCCUGCCAGAGGGGCCCCCCCCCCCCAGAUUAAGGACUUCCUUUAUGAAAAAAAUGUAAUAAUUAUAAAAUGAGUUCAUUUUUUUUAUUUGUCAUGUAAUUUAAUUUUUAUGUUGAGGGAACCUCGAACCUGAAGUGUCCCGCCCCCCCCCCCCCCCCCCCCCCCCCAAGGUGCGUGUAAGUGUAACUCGGAAAUUCUUGCUUGGUUCGAUUUGUGGUGUAAUCGACCUUUCUGACUUCGACCCAACGAUAUUCUAAUAUAUUACUUUUAAGAUGAAAGAAGCAUUGCCAGGAACAAUGAUCAUUACUGGUGCUAUUUUGAAAUGAUCAAGAAUGGGACCAAAAUAUUAUGUUGUAUUGCUUUAUCAAAAUAACGAGUAUGUGUAACGUUGAUAUUCUCUGUUGGCAGUGUUUGUUGAAUUUGCUAUGUCGUGUGUCAACGAAAUGUAUUCAUUUACUUGGUAUGUAUGUGAUCUGAUGACAUUAAAAAACAUCGAAUCUC